GCUACCGAUCAUGCUGAUUAUUCAUCUGAGCAGGUUGCAAAUCAAGGAUUGACGGAAAAUCAAUUCAACUUUCUUAAACUGGAUGUCUCACAGUGGUAUGAUGCCCACAGUUGUCUUCCUAUGUUGAAAGUGUUGUUCAGAGACCAUGUGACAACUGGGAGACUAUCAGAAAUUAGUAGCACAAUGGAGUUGCUGAAUCACUUGGUUGUACUUGAUCAUUUGAAUGCAAACAAAAUUGCUAUUCUGCAUGAUACCAUCAGCAUAACUAAACAUUUGGGUGUUCAAAGGAAGAUUAAAGAAAGACUAUCAUCAUUUUCGGAUGUUAAGGAAGGAACCACUCUGAAACAUUUCACAAAUCACAGACAAAAUGUAAUGAAAUUUGGGAUGAAACUGACUCCAGAUGCUGUGAAAAAAAUUGGUGGAUUUUAUAAUAAGAAGUAUACUGAUCGUUGGAGUAUGAUCACUGAUCUUGAAAACAUGAAUCAAAUCUUUGAUGGAGAUAUGAAGGAUUUCAUUGAAUUAUUGAAAAGUCUUAAACUCCAUCGUGCAUUGAAUGCACUAUUAGAAGGUAUUCCUCACUUUUUUAAGGAGAACAGGUGGUUGUCUAAGUUCGAUACGAUUUAG